AUGCCAGCCUUCCAAAAAUGCAGUACUCAUCCACGAGACUUAAUACUGCAACGAAUCCCCGUGUGUCCAAGUUCAAUUCGACCCUCAGUUGUAUCCGAAGUUCGCAGUGGAACUAAUGAGGAUGAUCUAACCCAAAUGUACCAAUGGAUUCUUGCCCAAGCUGCAACACUUGAGGAAGAUAUAGGAGAAUCUGACCAAUUUGCCUGCCUCGACAACUUGCAUGUUGAAGUGGCUCGUGUAAUUAAUUCUCAGCAUUCAGGUCUUCCUCCCGUUCAAGAUCAAAAGUUUAUGCGAGGACUUCUUCAGCGGCUUGCAGGAAAACAUGGACGAUUUCGUGGAAAUCUCUUAGGCAAGAGGACCAACUUCACUGCACGUACUGUUAUAUCGCCUGAUCCAAAUAUGCGAAUAGAUGAGUUUCAUAAUUUUGCUUGA